AUGGCAGGGGAAAAAGGGCAGGUCUUAGGGGAUAUGUUAAAGUCAAAACCAAAGCUAGAAGAGGGAAGUAUGGGAAGACUGGAAAAGACAGCUAAUGUGCCUUUAGACCAAGUUGAGGAGACAUGUGACAUGCUGGGAGUGGUGGAUUCAGGAUUUAGUACUGGUAAUACUGUUGCAAAAGAAACUAGAUUUGACCCCAGCUUUGACAAAAGACCACAAAAGGAAGGAAAGUUGCAACUCCUUCAAGCUAUUAAACCUGGAAGUGCCAUAGGGUGGGUGUGUGUUGGUGACUUUAACGAGAUACUUAGCUAUGGAGAGAAAUGGGGAGGGGCUUUGAGACCAAGUGGUCAGAUUGAGGCUUUUAGAGAUGUUGUUGAGGGCUGUGAACUUUGUGACAUGGGCUCUAUUGGCAACAAAUUUACUUGGACAAAUGGAAGAUAUGGGGAAGCUUUUACCAAAGAAAGGUUAGAUAGAGCCUUUUGUAAUGCUACUUGGGCUAAGGCUUUCCCUAACUCAGAAGUAUUUACUCUCCCAACCGUGAGCUCAAACCACUACCCUCUGCUGGUUACCAUUGAGGAAAGUCAGGCUUAUAGGAACAAGAAGGAUAAGCCUUUUAGAUUUGAAGCAAAUUGGGCUCUAAGGGAGGACUAUCAAAACCUGGUGGAGGAAUCAUGGCUAAGUUAUAAGGAGUCUGAGAAUAAACUGGAUGCUAUUAAUGAAGGCCUUAACCAGUUCAAACAGAAGCUCUUGCUAUGGAAUAAAUGA